GAGUCGGCAGUGAAGUGACACAGGAAGUAUACUUGAGCUGCAACAUACCACCAUCGCUACCUGUGAAAUAUGGUCCGUCUUCUGCUCUCAAUCAAGGCUGAACUGGACAACGUCACAGAUCUAGCUCCUGCCUCCAAUGAAUAUGAAUAUUUCUUCCAGGUGCAGUGUAACAGCUGCCAUGAAGUACAUCCAAAGUUUAUAUCUGUGAAUCGCACUGAAGAACGAGAAGUAUCAGGAGGCAGGAACAGCACUGCAAAUUUUGUCUGGCGUUGUGGAUCUUGCAAGCGCGAAAGCUCUGCAAAAUUCGAGCCCUCUCCUACUCUGCCCUAUUCUGCAGACGCAAACGGUCAAUUUUCUCCGUUCUUAACUAUUGAGUGUCGUGGUCUUGAGUUUAUCGGAUUUGACCCAAAACUCGGCGGCAACUGGACCUGCAAAGGGGUUGAAUCUGGCACUCUUUUUCCUGAAGUCACCUUUGAAGGUGAAGGAGAACUAACAGAUUGGGUAGAUUAUGACGAAAAAGCCGCACUUCCCGUUGGAAUCUCCGAUAUUGAAAGCAAAUGGAGUAGAGCUUAGCUAUAUUUUUUUUGAUGAGCCCUGCGUGGAAGGUGAAAAAGGGAACAUGAAAAAUGCAAAGGGUUUGGAGAUGUGUUCAAAUUGUACCAGUAAUAAAUCUGUCCCUUCUCUUUGUCCAUCUCGAUGGCUAGACCUCGCGCCGACCCUGAAGUAUCUCUCUCCUCCACGCACUUGAGAGUUCGUGUAGCUGCUGUUUCCGUUCCAGAUCCUUACUUCGCCUCCCAAUAUUCUGGAUAUUUUCAAUGGCAUCCUUUCCCUUCUUCGAAAAUCUCUUCUGGGAUUUCUUUGCUCUAUUGAUAUGUUCCAUGCUGCAGAGUAUAUGUAGCAUGUAAGCAUUAGACAUUAUCUCAUUUAGAGGACAAGACCAACCCCCAGAGCGCCGCCUCCGCCUUGCAGAUCUUUGCCUUGUGCAUAUCGACGCCUCGAUCUGAUAGUACCUCGAUAAAUUGUCUAAAAUGCUAUAGACAAUAGUAUAAUUUAAUACAGCAUCCUUUUUCAGGUGAUUUAGUCGUAUCUC